UUCUUUUUUCCUUUCAAAACCUCCCAAAACCCCUUCCAUUAUCCAUCAUCUCCUUCUCUUAUCUCUUUCUCCUCAAAUUAAUUCUUUCACUUUCAGCAAUGGCAUCCUUACUAAACCCAUCAUUUUCACUCCCAAAUUCUCUCUCCUCACCUUCAAUACUUCUCUCACUCUCACACCCUUCCUUAAAAUUUCACCCACAAACCAAACAACCCCUUAAGAAAAGAGCUAAUUUUCUCUCUCUUUGCACCAGCUAUGAAGUGGGUGGUGGGUACCCAGAUUCUGAAAAUGCAGUGAGAGAUAAAACAUCACAUGAUAAAUUCAACCAAAAAUUAGAGAGUUCUGAAUAUGAUGCUAUUCUCAAAGGUGGAGAUCAAGUUACUUCUGUUCUUCAAGAAAUGAUCACCCUUCUCGAGGAUAUGAACAUGGAUGAAGCAUCCGAAGAAGUUGCUGUGCAGUUGGCUGCACAAGGAGUUAUCGGGAAGAGAGUUGAUGAGAUGGAAUCUGGAUUCAUGAUGGCUCUGGAUUACAUGAUUCAAACAGCUGAAAAGGACCAGGAUGAUAAGCGUAAGUCGCUUCUGGAGGUAAUCAAGGAGACAGUAUUAUCCCAUCUCACGAAGAAAUGCCCACCACAUGUACAAGUGAUUGGACUGCUUUGUAGAACUCCAAAGAAGGAGAGCAGACAUGAGCUGCUACGUCGAGUUGCUGCUGGAGGUGGAGAAUUUAAGGGUGUCGAUGGCACAAAAAUUCACCUUCCUGGUGCUAAUCUUCUUGACAUAUCAAAUCAGGCUGAUGACUUGUUGGUGACAAUGGAAACUCGGCCAGUUAUUCCUGACAGAAAGCUUCUUGCUAGGCUUGUCUUAAUCAGAGAAGAAGCUCGAAAUAUGAUGGGAGGAGGAAUUCUUGACGAAAGAAAUGAUCGUGGCUUCAGUACUCUCCCUGAAUCAGAGGUCAAUUAUCUGACCAAGCUAGUUGCAUUAAAACCUGGUAAAACGGUCCAAGAGAUGAUAAAAAAUGUAAUGCUAGGCAGGGAUGAAGGUGCAGAUGAUCCCAGCACUGACAAAGAAGGCAGUACUCGUGGUCCUCGUGGAGUUGUAGGAAGAGAAAGUCAAACUGGGCUUAAACCGCUUCCAGUGCGUCCUGGAAUGUUUCUCGAGACCGUAUCCAAGGUACUGGGAGGAAUUUAUGCUGGAAAUGUCCCAGGCAUCACUGCACAGCACCUAGAAUGGGUGCACCAGAAAACACUUCAAGUACUUGAAGAAAUAGCAUUUUGAGCUUCUUUUGUUGCUGCAGUUGAGGUUCUUCAGCUUGACGUCAAUUUUGUUCCGUCUUGAUACUGGUAAAAGUUUAGGACAUUCAGAGGCUCAAACCUGUAUAUAGUUCAGCACAAGCAUAGGCCUAAGCAUGGACUUCGGUAAUUAAGCACCUUUCCACAGACCAUGAGCUCCAUAGAUUAGUCGGGUAGAUAUAUAUAUAUAUAUAUAUAUAGGUGUAUUAACACAGUGUAUAUAAUCAUAUGAACUCAGGGAGCCGGAUUUUGUAUACCACUUGUAUUAGUUGUAUACAUUUUCUCAGUUAUCUGAUCAUGGCAGAUAUGUCCUAGAGAAGAAAAAAGUUCUUUAUCA